UAAAUCAGUCUAAGUCAACAACUCCAUAUAAUUGAUAUAAUGACCCAUUGAAUGGACCGUCAGUGAAUACAGUCCUAUAAAAGCGAUAAAAGAACAUGAACAAUGAAAUAUUGCAUGCCUUUAUUGUUUUCUCUCUAUAUUGCCAUUUUCGAUGUUAGUUAUGUACGAAAGGUUACUGCUUUUUGUUCUAAAUUACCUUGAUACACAGAACAUAUCAACGUUAUGACAAUGGAAUCAUGUCAUUGUAAUUGCACAAUCAAAUAUACAAAAAGAAUUCUUGUGACAGGAGGAGCAGGUUUUAUUGCAUCUCAUGUAGUCAUAAUGUUGGUUGAAAGAUAUCCCGAUUAUUUUAUAUUGAACUUAGAUAAGCUUGAUCAUUGUGCUUCAUUGGAAAACCUAAGAAGAAUUGAAGGAAAAUCUAAUUACAAAUUUAUUGAGGGAGAUAUUUGUGAAGCAACAUACAUGAAGUAUUUAUUUCAAUCUGAAAAAAUUGAUGUAGUAAUGCACUUUGCUGCACAAUCUCAUGUAGAUAAGUCAUUUUGGAGUUCCCUUGAGUUCACUAAAACAAAUGUUUAUGGUACUCAUGUGUUAAUAAAUGCAGCAUUUGAGGCAAAUGUUCAGUGCUUUAUUCAUGUUAGUACUGAUGAAGUUUAUGGUGGAAAAUCUGAUGCUAUACUGGAUGAAUCUUCACCAUUUCGUCCGUGUAAUCCUUACUCAGCAUCCAAAGCAGCUGCUGAGUGUAUAGUUAUGUCAUACUGGGAAAGUUUUAAGUUUCCUGUCAUUGUUACUCGGAGUAAUAAUGUUUAUGGCCCACAUGCACAUCCUGAAAAGGUUGUCCCAAAAUUUAUUUCCUUGUUGCAAAGAAAUCGAAAAUGCUGUGUUCAUGGUAAAGGAGAGCAAUCAAGAAGUUUUCUUUACGUAACUGAUGCUGCUGAAGCGUUUAUUUCUAUUUUACAUAAUGGUUUUGCAGGCGAAACCUAUAACAUUGGGUCCAACUUUGAAAUCUCUGUCUUAGAUUUAGCAAAGGACCUCGUUAGAAGGAUCAAAAAAGUCAUCACUGACGAAGAAAUUAAUCAACACAUUGAAUAUGUUGACGAUAGACCUUUUAACGACCGUCAUUAUCCCAUGGAUUCUUCUAAAGUGGAAGCACUUGGAUGGAAACCAGUAGUUCGUUGGCAUGAUGGAAUAGAAAAAACAAUUGAAUGGUAUUCUAAUCAUUUCCACAAUUGGCCAGACGCUGAGCGUUCGUUAACUCCCUUUCCUAUCGGUAGUAACACCAUGUAUUACCAUAAAGAUGAUGGUACCGUUAUUAAAGUUUCCAGGAUUCCAAAAUGCAUUCCCACCAAAGAAUCCUGCUGAUCAUAUGCAUGAUUUUAUCAUUUUUGUACCAAAUUAAUAUAUUUUAAAGAGUAAUAGCUAACCUUAGCAUAAAUUAUUUUUGCAUGAACUGUAAUGCAAGUCUUUUGUUUAUGUAAGAUUUCAGAAAACUAAAUAGGUAUUUAAAAUACAUCAUUCACAAAAUA